GACUCUUCAAGGAUAUAUAUAUAUAUAUAUAUAUACGAGAUGCAGCAGCGUGAUAAUCAUCAAUUUCACUUCGAAGUUGUCACAAAAUAAUUUAGCCAGUGCUUUUUCGCAUACCUGCGUAAUCAAAUCAUGUAUUCUUCAAGUUCAACCGAUUACCAGAAGUUCUAUGAGCCAGCCGCGACUCCGCCGCCGGUGGCAGGAGUUCCGGUCUUUAAAUCAUCGGAGUUAACAGCUCCUCCUGUUCCGAAAUCAUCUCAGGCGGCUACUUGGUCCUCCGGUCUAUUCGAUUGUUUCUCCGAUAUGAAAAGCUGUUGCAUCACUUUCUGGUGUCCGUGCAUCACCUUCGCUCAAAUUUCUGAGAUCGUGGACAAAGGAGUAACCACGCGUCUGAUGAACGGACUAGUCUACACUAUCGCACUCCUGGCCGGUUGCCCUUGCUGCUACUCGUGCUUCUACCGGGAAAAAUUGCGGAAGCAGUACGGUCUGCAGGAAUCGCCGUGCGGAGACUUCAUGGUGCACUGCUGCUGCGAAUCCUGUGCCCUCUGUCAGGAGUAUAGGGAGCUCAAAAAUCGUGGAUUCGACAUGUCUAUCGGGUGGCAUGAAAAUAUGGAGGUGAAUAAAGAGGUGGUGAUGGCGCCAGUAGUUGAAGGAGGAAUGACGCGAUAAAUAUUUUUUUAUUAUUAUUAAAUAUAUAUUUAGGGUUUGUUUUUUUGAGGUAGUUUGAGAAACUUGGUUUGCUUUUAGAUUGAAUUUGAAUUUUAUGUAGUUUGAAUUUUUGUGUUCUUUUAAAUCUGUAGGUUUGGUUUAUGUUUUGAGAUUUUGAUACGUGUUAACGUGAUAGUUAAUAAAAAUAAUAAUGUAAAUA